GGUGGCCGGUAGGCGGGCUCUGCACUCUUCAUAACCCGAAGGCGGUCGGCUCGGGAAGAUUCGGGCGGCUGUUUUUUAUUCUGGAUCAGACUUCGUGAACAGAGACAGCGGACGACAUGUCGAAAUCCGAGGCAUCCCGUGAACCCGAGCAGCUGCGGAAGCUUUUCAUAGGCGGCCUGAGCUUUGAAACGUCGGACGAGAGCCUGAGGGCCCACUUUGAACAAUGGGGCGUCCUUACAGACUGCGUGGUGAUGAGGGACCCCUCCACCAAGCGCUCGCGAGGGUUCGGUUUCGUCACGUACUCCUCUGUGGAAGAAGUGGACGCUUCCAUGGAGGCGAGGCCACACAAAGUGGACGGCAGAGUGGUGGAGCCCAAGAGAGCCGUGUCCCGAGAGGAUUCGACGCGGCCGGGCGCACACAUGACGGUGAAGAAGAUCUUCGUGGGCGGCAUCAAGGAGGACACGGAGGAGCAUCACCUGCGGGAUUACUUCGAGCAGUACGGCAAGAUCGAGGUCAUAGAGAUCAUGACCGACCGAGGCAGCGGCAAGAAGAGAGGCUUCGCGUUCGUCACCUUCGACGACCACGACUCUGUGGACAAGAUCGUCAUUCAGAAGUACCACACGGUGAACGGCCACAACUGUGAAGUGCGGAAAGCCCUGUCGAAGCAGGAGAUGGCGAGUGCUGGUAUGCAAACGAUGAGAGGGCGCGGUGGCGGCGGAGGCUCUGGUAACUUCGGUGGCCGCGGUGGAUUCGGUGGGAAUGAUUUUGGCCGCGAUGGGAACUUCGGUGGACGUGGUGGGUUUGGUGGCGGCCGGGGGGGCUAUGGCGGUGGAGACGGCUAUAACGGAUUCGGAGGAGACGGUGAGGUUAAUACAACCGCCAGGCAGAAUUCUUAUGAUGGCGGGGAUGGAAAUAACUCAGGUUACGGUGGAGGCCAGGGCUAUGGGGGUGGUAACCGUGGUUACGGUGGAGGACAGGGCUAUGGUAACCAGGGAGGCGGAUAUGGAGGAAACGGGGGCGGAUACGACAGCUACAACAACGGAGGAGGAGGAGGAGGAGCAGGAGGGAACUUUGGGGGAGGAAACUUUGGUGGCGGCGGUGGAAACUACAACAACGACUUUGGCAGCUACAACAGCCAGGCCUCGUCCAGCUACGGCCCCAUGAAGGGAGGCAACUUCGGGGGCGGAGGCGGCAGAAACGCGGGGGGCCCCUACGGAGGUGGCUAUGGUGGCGGCUCUGGCAGUGGUGGCUAUGGAGGCAGCGGGGGUGGCAGGAGGUUUUAAACCCGGACAAGGAUUCAGUACUUAGGAGAGGACAGCCAGAGAGGUGACAGGGAAGCAGCAGGCUUACUCCAUAGAUCUGCUCAGCCAAGCACAGUUGCAGGUUUUCAUCUGCUUCACGAAGAGAAGGGGUGGGGUGGGGAAGCAAACCUAUACAAUGAACUAUAAAUAUGUAGACUGACCGAACUUUUAAAAGAGAAGAAAAAUCAUGUGACGGCUUCAAACAUGUUUUCUGUGUUUGUCAAUUGCUGUGAAGCAGGGUGUUCUGUAGUUGCUUUUGUUUCUGUGAAAGUGUAAAGCAUUCCAGUAAGGUUCUACGUAGUUCUCUUUUUUUUUUUUUUUUUUUUUUUUUUUUUUAAAUGCACCCGUAGGUUUUUUUUUUUUUAAAUGUAACGUCAGCAAGGAAGAAUCAAGUUUGAAAUAAAAUCAUCUUUCAAUUUUUUUACCAAA